GUUUUCUAAAAAUUAAUUAAAAUGUUGUAAAUUUUUAAUUGAUUACGUCUUCAGUGAAAAAAAUAGAAAAUUGCUUGUAAGAAAUUACAUGAGAAAUCGAGAAUAAUUUUUGAAUAUCCAUUUUUUAAAGUAUUUAUUAGAUAUUCCGAUAAAACAGCGUGGAAAACGGCAAACGAAUAGUGACAUAGUCGCGUGGACAAGGAGUGAAGGACCUCCGGCUCCGUCUUUGCGGAGGAGGAAAGCAAACAAGAUUGUAUCAUAGCUAGCGGGUGAAUAAUCAAUGAACUUGUGCCACACCUAGUUUUAUUUAUUGCUCGAAGACAUAAUGAUUUACUUUUGAAAUGUAACAUACUUACAGCUGGACAUCACAUACCUGUUAUUUGAAUCUAAUCAACAGUGAUCAAUCUAGGACAGAAAUAGUUUAGCGUGUUUAUUUGGUCUGCUUUUGUUUGUUAAUUAAAGAAAUGAUAGGCCUAUCAUAUUAUGUCAGUAAUAAGCCUGGAUUUAGAUACAUCCCAGGAUAAACGAGUGUCAAUUGUGUUACUGAAACUAGGAUAGCUGUAGUUGCUGUAAGAUUUUAUUUAUAUAAAAUUAUCAAAAUGUUUUAUGAGCCACUGGAGGAGACGGUCACUGAAACCGUGAUAGACCCCACAACAAUUGUACAGAAGAAGAUUUCAAAGGUUGACAAACGUGCAAAAUGUGUUAUCUGUGUUUAUUGUGAUCUUCUUGUUGAUUGGGUGAAAACCCCAAGAUACGUCGCUUUAAUACAAUAUCAGGAUGAUCAUGCGAUAUUUUCAUUUACAAGUACUAGAAUCCCGUGUUUUUCCACCUCUGAUCUUGCUGUUGAAAAAAUCAUUCCUGUUGAUUCUUCUUUAAAAUAUAAAACAGAGACACCUAGUAAAAAUAAUUUACGCAAAGAAUUUGCAUUAAGUUUGAAGACUGGUGAUGAUGAAACAUUGUUAAAGAUACCACAUAAAGAUUCUACGAGAGACUUCUUGAGUCAUUUGAAGAGAGCCAAAGAUUUGCAAUCUCAAAUCGCAGGAUUAGUCGAACCGUCAGAAUUUCUGUGGCUUAACUCAUUCCAACCUAGAGACAUGACAUCCUUCCCCUCCACGUCGUCGAAACGAGACACAGGAAAACCCGGUAAUCCAUUUCAAACGGAUGUCUUUGAUCCUUAUAAAUCUACCAAUCGACAUUCAUCUCCAGGUAUGGUGGCAUCAAAGAGUAGUGGUUUUGAAGAUAGUUUUAAUGAUGUUCUGAAGAUUUCCAAGUCUAAUGUGUCUAAAAGUCUAGAAUCAUUAGAUAAUCUAGAUAGUGAUUUCGGUGAAUCUGUUGAUGUGCUAGAACAACAAUUAGGUAUCAGUAAUAUGCCAGUUGGUAAUAAACCUAUCGCUGUUCGUGAAGAAUUUGUCCGUGGUUAUAUGAAAAAACGGGAAGAUGAAUACACCAAUCUUACACCAUUAAAAAUAUUUUGUGGUACGUGGAAUGUAAAUGGUCAAUCCCCAACAGAACCGUUAACUAAAUGGUUAUGUUACGAUGCAGAACCUCCUGAUAUUUAUGCCAUAGGAUUUCAGGAACUCGAUCUCAGUAAUCAAGCGUAUAUAUUUACCGAUUCAACUAAAGAUGCAGAAUGGCAGAAAGCAGUUCGUGAUUUCCUUCAUCCUAAAGCUAAAUAUAGACGGGUAAAGUCUGUGAGACUAGUAGGAGUAAUGUUAUUAGUUUAUAUACAGGAGAAAUACACAGAUUACGUGACAUUAGUUGAUUCUGAUACAGUAGCUACAGGCAUCAUGGGUUUUAUGGGUAAUAAAGGAGGCGUGUCUGUCAGGUUUAAAAUACACAACACUUCCCUCUGUUUCACCAACUCUCAUUUAGCGGCACAUCAAGAUGAAUUCGAACGCAGAAAUCAAGAUUAUCGAGAUAUUGAGAGUAAAACCAGAUUUAAACAAUUUGCACCUUUCACCAUUCAAGAAAAUGAUUUAAUAUUUUGGAUUGGUGAUUUAAACUAUAGAAUAUCUAAUUUAAAUAUAGAUGAAGUAAAACUUUAUUCAGAACAAGGUCUAUAUGGUAAACUAUUACCUCAUGAUCAGUUAAACAGUCAACUUGGUAGAACUGAUAUAUUUAGAGGUUAUCAAGAAGGUCCCAUAACAUUUCAACCAACUUAUAAAUAUGACACUGGUACUAACAACUGGGAUUCAAGUGAAAAGAGUCGAAUGCCAGCGUAUUGUGAUCGUAUAUUAUAUAAAGGAAGUGGUAUACGCCAGCUACGUUAUAACUCUCAUCAAUCAUUGUGUGUUAGUGAUCAUAAACCUGUCAGUGCUCUACAUGAAUGUAAUAUUAAAGUAAUUGACACAAAGAAACACAAGAAAGUUUAUGAAGAAGUGAUGAAGAAAUUAGACCGAAUAGAAAAUGAAUAUUUACCUCAAGUUAAACUUAGUUGUACAGAGUACUAUUUUAAAGAUGUUAAAUUUAUUGAACCAAGAUCUGAUAAAUUGAUUGUAUCUAAUAUAGGGCAGGAACCAGUUACUAUCGAGUUUAUAAAAAAAUUAGAUGAUCCAAGCAUCAGUAAACCAUGGUUACAAGUUACACCAUAUAGAUCUAUAAUAUUACCAGGUGAUAUAGUUGAGAUACAGUUAGAUAUUUAUGUAGAGAAAUCAACGGCUUGUAAACUCAACAAUGGUGAAGAUACUUUAGAUGAUAUUCUCGUUCUACAUUUACAUGGUGGAAAAGAUUUCUUCAUAUCCUUUUAUAAAAUUACUAGAAAUAUAACAUAG